AUGGUCAAAACCGAGCAGCUCUUCCUCUACAACUUUCCGGAUGUGAUCUCAGAAGCUGACGUGAAGCGCGUCAUCUUGGGCAAGGCCAAGCUGAAGGUGCCGCUUGUGAUCCGAACAGUGGGGAAAAAGAGGAUUUGCAUCGUCGAUUUUACACGCGGAGCGGCAGCCACGGAACAGGUGAUCCGAAAAUGGCACGGGAAAAGCUACCCGGGCACUCGCACUGUAGUGGCCGCCGAUUUUUAUUGGACGUGGCCGGAUGGUCGGGCGAUGGAACGACGGUUUAAGCCAGCCACGCUGUUGUGGAACUUCCGGAUAGAGUUCUUCCGGCCGCCAGGCGAGAAUGAGGCCCCUGAAUACCGAGGGCGCUUCCUCGACCGCUACCUGAACGCAGAAGGUGCACACGACCUGGUGGAUGACGACUGGGACGACGGGUUGAGCGAAUCGGACGACGGGUUCCCGGAGGGAUUUCGGGUCCCACGCCUCAUCUCCGAGCCGGAAUCGGAAGAUGAAGAAGAUUGG